AUGAAGUUAUCGACUCCUAUACGUACGAUUUUUCUAUUUUGUUACCUUCUUCUUUUUCCCAUCCCUUACUCUCAGAGUCUACCUCUCUCUCUCCAUACACACUCGCAAUCUUAUUUUAUUUGUAGUUUUUUCCUCUUCCUCUAUCUUUUUCUUUCUCUUUUUUUUUCUCCCAUUGUGGUGUGUAAAGUAACGCAGUCCAUCGAUAUUUUCUCUUUGCAAAACGGACACAGUUUGACGAGCCUCCUCUUCAACCAAGUUACCAAUUGGAUUAAAAGAAAUGGCUGCUACAGAAGUACAGAUAACAAGAAUGAGAUGACAGGUUCGAAGCCAAACGUCCGUAAUUGUCAGUCAGAGUAUAAAAGCCUUUAUUGCUUCAAAUGCAAUUCAACAAUGCCUUCGCAAAAGGCCAUGUCUGAUCAUCAGCUGGCUGUACACCCUGAAGAUAUACGAGGGCGAUCUGGCCACACCUGUGGCGAUUCAAACAAUGGGAAUUCAUUUGUGGACCAUUCCCAACAGCAGAUAAAUGGUCUGCAGAACAAAGUUCGAAAGACAGAUUGGUUAAAACCCAAAGGCUACAUGUCCAGUGUGGAGAAGAUCCCACCAAAACCUCCCACAGUUAAUAAUGCUGCCAAGGAGGCCCUGGAAGCUAAAAAGAAAGCCCAAGCUAAUUUAAUUGCCCUCAAAGAAGAGCAACUUGCUUACGAGAAUGAGAUUCUGCAGCAGAAAUUAAUCCGUGGAAUCAUACCAAAAUCAUCUCGGGGAAGGAAGAAAUUCCGAUGUGAGAGUUGUAGCAAGAUUUUUUCCAAAAUUGAGUCUCUGAGAGAUCAUCUGCGUGAUUGCAUUGAUUGGGAACAUGUUAGUCAGCCAAUUCGAAACCUGAAACUUCCGCUCCCUGCUGUCAGUGAUGUCAAUGGACCCUCUCUGCCAAUGUCAGCUCCAGCCUCUGUAGACUGGAAUGAUACUAGCAGUGAUGAGCCACCCAAGCCCCCAACUCCAGGGCCUCAAUUUCGAUCACAAGUUUCCAAAACUGAAAACCCUCGUGCACUCACAGUUCCUCCAAAAUCAACUGCUCGGCCACAGGAGAAAUUACCUAUUAAGCUGAGAAAUAUAAAUGGUGUGAAUAAGAGUGCCGUUGAGAACUCCACACGAGGCCAGGUUUUGGUUAUGAAUCCAAAAAUUAAGGAAAAUGAAGUAAUCCUCAUGCCUUUAUCAAAUGCCAAUGCAACAAAUAAGCCUCAAAGUCCCAAAACCACUUCUCCUGUGGAGAUCUACCCCAAACCUCCAAGAAUUGGGGACACCUCUGUAGUAAAAUCUCCAAUCCUUCCUACUCACAUGCGGACCAAUCACAACACUGGGAAUAGCUCCUCUGAUAUAAUAAACAUAACAGGUAGGAAUGCACAGACUGUGGCUCCAGCCAGUCGUGGUUCCCUAAAAAGUCCUGUCACUAAUGAAGUAAAGGACGUUGAGAUUAUUGCUGUAAACCCUCCAAAUACUAAGGAUAGAACCCUUUUAAACUUGAACAACAGCAAACAACAGUCACCAAUCCUCAAAGUGAACGUCAACUCCCGUGAACAGACAACCCGAUCAAUGACUCCUCACCAACCCCUUCACCCACUGGAUGUAGAGACUGCGACGAGUGUCAAAAAAGCAGCGUCUGUUCGUCUGCCUGUUGCAUGA